CAAAAAGUCUAUGCACUUCUUUUUAAUCAUAUUCUUUCUAUAUCACUUGCAUGUAUUAUGAUCCAACCAAACUCGACAACAACAUCAAGACUAUUCAUUCUUGGGAUUUUCAUCAUAUUCCGUUGGUUGAAUGCUGCUUUGACGCGUACUUAUGAUAAUCCAGAUGAAUACUGGCAAGCAACUGAAGUGGCUCAUCGCAUAGUAUUUGGUUAUGGAUACUUGACUUGGGAAUGGACUCACUAUAUUCGAAGUUUCUUUCAUCCUUUGGUCUUUGCUUUUCUUUACAAAUGUUUACAAUGGUGUCAUUGUGAUACCCCUUCUUUAUUGGCAAGUAAGACAAUUCUCUUUUUUUCUUAUUUUUUUCUUUUAACUUUGAACUCACACUUCUUCUUGUUUAGGUUGCAACACCAAAAUACCUUCAAGCAACCUUAUCUGCAUUCGGUGAUAUGGCAACUUAUAGUCUAACCAAGAAAAUAUAUGGAAAUGAAAUGGCUCCUUUUAUACUCUCUAUUAUAUUGGGUUCCUGGUUUCAUUUUUUGAUGUCAGCAAGGACAUUAUCUAAUUCAAUGGAAACAGUAUUAACCAUCAUCGCAAUGAAAGAUUGGCCUUUUCCUAGUAUGGUGGACAUAAAUGGUUCUUCAUGGAUAGGCAAUUAUCGUAAAAGUCUAUUGUGGGCAUCUUUGGCUUGUAUCACUCGACCUACUAAUGCAUUGAUCUGGGUAUUUUUGGGUUUACAAUUACUUUAUUAUUCUUCUCGUCGUUACCUGGUCUUAAUGAAUGCUGGCUUGAUUGUAUCAUUGGUAUUGAUGAUUAAUAUUGGAUUGGAUACAGUGCUAUAUAAAGGAGGAUUUGAUGCUUUACAACAUGGUGAUAUCGUAUUUGUGCCAUGGACUUUUAUCAAGACAAAUGUACUUGAGUCGAUUUCUGUCUUUUAUGGUGCUCAUCCAUUCCAUUGGUACUUAUCACAAGGUUUGCCAUUGAUGCUUCUUACUUAUUUACCUUUAACAGCCAUUGGUAUGAUCUACAACAACAAGAAAGGUAGUCGCAAUCUCAUUUACCUGGUUAUGUGGGUCGUGGGUGUUUACAGUUUCUUAUCACAUAAGGAAUUUAGAUUCAUCUACCCCAUCUUUCCUCUUUUACUCAUGUUUACGGCACAUGGACUUUCAGUGGUAUGGAACAAAAGUAGUAGGCGAUGGAGAUGGAUUUUGAUUGCCAUCUUAUGGAUACCUCAAUGUAUAUUUGCUCUUUAUGUAUCAUUAUGGCAUCAACGUGGAGUGAUGGAUGUUAUGGUCUGGCUUGGUGAACAAACGCCUUCUUCCUCAAGUAUUGGAUUCCUUAUGCCCUGUCACUCAACACCAUGGCAUUCUGUCAUGCACCAACCGGAGAAAAAGGAUAUUAUGUGGUUCUUGACCUGUGAACCUCCAAUACUGAACGACAAUAACAAGACAACAGCAGAUGUUUAUAUGGAUCAGGCAGAUAUUUUUUAUCAAGACCCAGUGACAUUUUUAUCUAAGGACAUGCCUUAUUCGUGGCCUGAUUAUUUGGUGAUGUUUGAUCCUCUUUUGCAAGAACCUGGAAUAAAAACGCUCUUACUGCAGAACAAAGGUUAUACGGUAUGUCAACGAUUCUUUAACAGUCAUGUGCAUUGGGAUCAUCGAAGAAAAGGGGACGUUAUUGUAUUGUGUGCUCCUUCUACUUUACCUUAGAUUCGCUUGGCUUUUAUAUUAAGUUUACCAUUUGUUAUAUAUGAUCAAAUAAAGUCUAGUUAAAUAAUCAAAAAAA